AUAUAUUUUGACAAAGCAUUUUAUCAGAAAAUCUGAAUUAUUUGUACUGAACAAAUAUUAUAUUUUUUUCUUGUACUUUUUCUAUUCUCCAAAGAAAAAUGUCUGUGAACGUGGAUAAAUUUAUUAAAAGAUUAACAGCUCCAGAAGUUCGAAAAAGUAAAAAAAUAGAAAUGAUCGACUUUAGUGAAUCUGAAAUUAACGCACUGUGUCUUGCGGCUAUGGAUGUUUUGAUGAAACAACCCAUGCUUCUGGAAUUGGAGGCUCCCAUUAAAGUUGGAGGAGAUAUCCAUGGCCAGUUUACUGAUCUUUUGAAGAUAUUUGAAUUUGGAGGUUACCCUCCUGAUGCAAACUACCUCUUUUUGGGAGACUACGUUGAUAGAGGAAAGCAAUCUCUAGAAACCAUAUGUCUGUUGCUGGCUUACAAAGUCAAGUAUCCAGAAAACUUUUUUCUCCUUAGGGGGAACCACGAAGCAGCUCAGGUGUGCAAAAUAUACGGAUUUUAUGACGAAUGUAAAAGAAGACACAGAAUACAACUGUUUAAAACGUUUACGGACUUGUUUAACAGGUUACCAGUAGCUGCUAUUAUUGAUGACAAAAUAUUCUGUUGUCACGGUGGGCUGAGUCCUGACCUGUUGCAUAUAGGUCAAAUUCGGAAUAUAGAAAGACCCAUCGAUGUCCCAACUCAAGGUCUCUUAUGUGAUUUACUGUGGUCAGAUCCCACUCCGGAAAAUGGUUGGAUUGAAAAUGACAGAGGCGUGUCAUUUGGUUAUGGACCCGAUGUGGUUCGGAAGUUUCUAGAAAAGCACGAUUUUGAUUUGGUCGUUCGAGGGCACCAGGUGGUCGAAGAUGGAUACGAAUUCUUCGCACAAAGAAAACUUAUUACUAUCUUCUCCGCUCCUAAUUAUUGCGGUUCUUUUGAUAAUGCUGGAGCAUUAAUGUCCAUCAACGAGGACUUGCUAUGUUCCUUUCAAAUACUUACCCCAAAGAAACGGCCAAAUAAAACUUAGAAGAACAUGUUGUAUAAACACUACAACAUUUUUGUAUAUUACGUGUUAAAACCGAAUUAAGACCUAAAGUCCAAGCUGUAGUGUACUUGAUUAAUAACCUUUACUUACCUAUAAAACAAUUUUUGUAUUUUGCCUAUAUGUAUUACAAUUUUUUAUUAAUACAAUUUGAAAUGUAUUUUUUAAUUUCAUUAAAAAAAUAUUUUUUAGAAAUUGAACUUAUCUUUAUUACAUAUUAUAAUUUUGUUAUCAUUAUACGCUACAAAUGUCUC